CUCACAAGUCGCAAGUGUCAAACAGUUACCCGCGUUUUUUUAGUACCCAAAAAAUCUUUAAAUACCACGUAAGAAAUUUGAUAUUCAUUCAUUGCUUUUUUAUUAUAGAAAUUAUUCAAAUCCCAAUAGAAUAUUAAGUAGGUAUAUAACAGAAAAAGUAAACAGUGAAGUGAAAAUGACGAUUUGUAUACAUUUCAUACAUUUGCAAGACUCCAUGUUUGUGAAUUCGUUUAAUUUUCCUCCGCAGUCGCUGUCUUGUCGUGAGGUCGUGACGUGUGUUGUUUCCGCGUCGUGAUUCCUGUCAUAUUCUUUUUUUUUUUAAACAAAAUAAAGUGCAAGUGAAUGUUUAAGUGUUUUUUUAAAGGACCCUAAACAAUAAGGAUUCAUCUCACUCUCUUGCAAUGGAUGAUUUAGAUUAACAAACUAGGAGUUAUCAUCAUCAUUAUACUAACACAAGUUGUUAUCAUCAUCGCAAUCUCUCGUCACAUUUUCUACCGCAAAUUGGGUUGCAAUUAAAAACGUUUCUCUUGAAUUAAAAAAAAGCAAACAAACAAACAAACAAUUCGCCACGCCAAAAAGUGAGGAAAAUUUGUUUUCGGUGUAUACAGCGAGCCAGGUUCUUGAAGCUUUUAUUAUAUUAUUAAGAUAACAAAUCCUAACAAGAUGGCAGACGUUUUGAGACCCUCGUCACCAUCCCUUAAUCUUCGAUUGGCAACUGCCGCUCGUCAUGCUAAAUGGGAACAAUAUCUUAAUGCUCUUCUUGCUGAUUUGCAAAAUACAGUUUCACCUGAAACAACAACACCCGGCUACGGUUCUCUCAAUGGAAAGAGAAGUCACUCAUCAGCCGCCUCUGUUCCUUCUUAUAAAGCUUGUGACAAUCGACAAAAUUCUUCCCCACUUCUAUCACAAUCGCCGACGUAUCAAAAUCGUGAGGCCAUAGAGGAAGCUAUCAUUAAAUCCGGAAGUGCUCCUUACAAUCAAAGCUCAAGUGGAGGAAAAAUGCCCUCGCUCAAUAAUAAUCUAUCGGAAUUAGAUACCCUCUUGCAAGAUUUAAGCAAUGCUCGAUAUAAUACUCACACUCAAGACAGAGAUAGUCGAGCAUCAAAUGGAGUUACAAUUAGUCCUACACUCCAUUCACCGGGAAACACUUUAUCAACAUCACGACCCACUGUUGAUUCCUUAUUAGAAGAAUUAAAUACCUCUGUGAUUCCAAAUGGGGAAUACUAUCCUUCGGAGGGAAGAGUAAAGGUCACAGUUCAAGAAACAACGACAGAAAUUGAGCCUACAAAUGGAUUCGGUUCGACCGGAAGUCCUUACAUUCGAUCCGAAUACGAUCAAAAUUUCGCAACCAACGGACACACUGCGAGCAGUGCCACUAAGGAAUUAGACGAUCUUAUGGCUUCGCUAUCGGAAUUCAAGAUCCACGGAAAUAAUCAUCAGCGUCAAACGGUGACAGAUUCGCCGUACGCGAAGCCAAACAAAGCAACGAAAAGCUCGUCGAGUCCACUGCCACCGCCGCCACUCGAUCAGGGAUCCACGAGGAUUCAUAUCCGCGAGACGCACACGCAGCAUCUUUAUCAGCCACAAUACGAGGAGAGUCAAAUUGUCACGAGCACGAGCCAGGCGACUCACAUUAAACAAAAUCAGCUUGAUUCUAUGCUAGGUAAUUUACAGGCUGACAUGAGCCGUCAAGGAGUCAAUACCACUCAGAAGGGAUGCUGCAACGCCUGCGAGAAGCCAAUCGUUGGGCAGGUGAUCACAGCAUUGGGGAAAACAUGGCAUCCGGAACAUUUUACUUGCACACAUUGCAAUCAGGAACUUGGUACUAGAAACUUUUUCGAGAGGGAAGGACAUCCGUAUUGUGAGCCCGAUUAUCACAAUCUUUUCUCGCCGAGAUGCAAUUAUUGUAACGGUCCCAUUCUCGAUAAAUGCGUGACGGCUUUGGAGAAAACCUGGCACACGGAGCACUUUUUCUGCGCCCAGUGUGGAAAGCAAUUUGGCGAAGACGGCUUUCAUGAGAGGGACGGAAAGCCUUAUUGCCGGGAAGAUUAUUUCGAUAUGUUCGCGCCAAAAUGCGGUGGAUGUAAUCGGGCAAUAAUGGAGAAUUAUAUUUCAGCCCUGAAUAGUCAAUGGCAUCCGGAUUGUUUCGUGUGCAGGGAUUGCAGACAAAAAUUUCAGGGAGGAUCAUUCUUUGAUCACGAAGGUUUACCCUACUGUGAAACUCAUUAUCACGCUAAACGAGGUUCACUUUGUGCUGGAUGUCACAAACCAAUCACAGGUCGCUGUAUAACGGCAAUGUUCCGUAAAUUCCAUCCGGAACAUUUUGUCUGUGCAUUCUGCCUGAAGCAACUAAAUAAAGGAACAUUCAAGGAACAAAAUGACAAACCCUAUUGUCAUGGUUGCUUCGAGAAACUUUUCGGAUGAAUAUCCAUUUCAUGUCUUCCUAAGAAAACAUUUUUUUUACUCUUACCGAAUAACAGAGUAGUGAUUAAAUAUAACGCAAUCUUUUAAUCUCUCAAUUAAUAAAUAAAAAAAAAAAAAAUAGACGGUACUAAGAGCAGUUUACUGCGAUAAAAGAUAUUGCGUAAUAGUCACAAAAUAAUAUACAAAUUACCGUGAAAAAAAGUAAAUUCUACUUCCAAUAAGAAACAAUUUUUAGAAUUUUUAUUUAAGACUCAAUUUAGCUUCAGAUAGAAAAUGACUAAACGGCUAUUAAUAUCAUAACUUUAUUUGAAAAGAAGUUAUUGAUAAUUAAGUCGUGGCUUUUUUUUAAAUUUCUCUUUUAAAUAAAAAGUCGUCUGUAGCUAAACGAAAGGGAAUUGUUUUUCAGAACAAGAAUUGUUCUGCACUUUGGACAAGAAAGAGAGAGAGAGAGAGAGAGAGAGAGAGAGAGGUGCUAACCAAAGUCUGUUUUUUACUAAUAAUAUAUGUGGUUUAUGAAAUUAAUUUUUAUGAAGAAAUCAUGAAGUUUUCUUCCAUUAAAUUAGGAGAUACUAAUUGUGCCUAAUGGACAUUUUUUUAUAAUUAUAUGUACUACUUAAUAGUAAUCUUCGAUUACCUUUUAUUGUUAAUUAGAUUUUGUUAUUCUAUUCGUGAAAUGUCUGCAUUAUACACGUAAUCUAUUAAUAGAAAAUUAAUAAUUUUUCUCUGUACAGAUUUUAUGUAGUUUUUAAUUAUUAACAAGUCUGCUGUAAAAAAAAGUCGCCUAGUAUUUGCAGGUCUCGGAUCGAUUCUAAGAAUAUAUCAUGAUUUUAACAAAAUUUUUAAUUUAAUAAUUAGUCAAAAAAGUGGAUUUUUUAAAAAUUUUAACUUAUUUUCUUUUAGAAAAAUUUAGUUUUUUAAACAUUAUAAAUAAUUUUAAGAAUCCGUUUUUUUAAUAAUAUUGUAAUGUAGUUUUUCGAAACUAAUUGUAAUUCCAAAAAGAAUUUGUGGACAAUUUAAGAAACUAAUCAAUUC